AUAACGCAGAGCAACUGCAACAGACAGCCAGGCGUCCAGCAUGCGUGUCCUGGUGGUUUUGCCGUUACUCUUGUGCGCGGUGGCGAGUGUGCACCAGGCGAGGGCAGAGGUGAAGACGGUGAAGCUGUGCGGGCGAGAGUUCCUGAGGGCCGUCGUCUACACCUGCGGAGGCUCCCGCUGGAGGAGGUUCUUCACCGAACCAGACAUGAACGGUGAGCAGAGCAGCUUGGAGAGCCUCAGCAGCCUGGGCUCGGACUGGGCUAAACGGGACAUUAACAACAUCCUGACCACCAUGUGCUGUCAGGUGGGCUGCAGAAAGAGUGACCUCACAUAUCUCUGCUGAGGAUGACCCCUCCCUUUUGCUUCUCACUUGCCUCAUUUGAGCUGCCAAAAGGACUUUGUUCUCUCCCGUUUUUUUCCUCUCCUAAAAAAACCAACAAAAACAAAACAAAAAAACCAACCGAACCCCAAUAUGAUGGCUGUGGAACCGGUGGGGCCUGUAGAUGUGAAUGUCUGUGUGUCAACCCAACGUUGAGCAUGUGUGCAGCCACAAGUGUCUCGCUGAUCUGAUUACGGUUCUGAGGUUCUGCGUGAAACCAUGACGGACUGUGUCCUGUACUUGUAUCUAGAAUGAAUCCACAGGAUCACAAGGGAAAUUUUCACCUCGUCUUUGAUGUCUUUAUAAGAAACUUAAAAGUGUAUUCUGCCCAGUACUAACUUAGGUAGGAGCACUGGGUGAUAAAUGGGGAAAAAAACUUGGGAUAAAAAUAUAUUUAAAAAAAAAAAACAAAAAAAAACAAACAAACUGUAUUCUGUCUUUUCACAGAUGUCAAAUAAAUAUUCUUGCACACCGUG